AUGGUAUCAGAGCGGGCUGUUGACGGCUGUAGAAGAUCAGGCACCGUGAAGUGGUUCAACGACGCCAAAGGGUUCGGUUUCAUAACCCCAGAAGACGGCGAUGAAGAGCUGUUUGUUCACCAGUCGGCGAUCAGAACCGAUAGGUUUAGGAGUUUAGGUGAUGGUGAGAAUGUGGAGUAUGUGGUGGAGACUGGAUCUGAUGGUCGUACGAAAGCUGUUGAUGUUACUGGUCCUAAUGAAGGCCCUGUGCAGGGGAGUACACGCAGCAGACCCAAAGCAAAUUUGGGUGGUUACAUGGAUAAAAAGGGAAAAUGGAUAGCCGACUCGAGCGCUAUCGAUCAUAUUAUAUAUGAUGAUUCCUUGCUUAAAAACAAAAAGAGAAGACGCUAUGAGCCCCUCGUCAGUAUACCAAAUGGGGAGGUUGUAUCCCCAAAUGGGGAGGUUGUAUCCGUUGAGGGAAGAGGAGAUUGUGUUCUUCCAAGUGGGGCGAUAAUUAGAGAAGUUCUUCAUGUCCCAAAAUUUAAAUACAAUUUGCUUUCUGUUAGUACAUUGUCUAAAGAACUUCAAUGUGCUAUUACGUUUUUUCCUGAUUUUUGUACCAUGCAAGACUUGCGCUCGAGGGGAUCGAUUGGAGCGGGUGAUUGCUAG